AUGGAAGCAUCGCGAAAACCGAGUGCGGCGCCUUCCUUGGCUAACAGCGUGAAAUCCGAGUGGGAUGCUGCCCGGGUUACCCCCAUGCUCAGCAACAGGAGGAAAACACUGUCCAGCAGAUUCGUCAAAGCAAAAACGUCGAACUUUUGGGCUGAGGGUGACGAGGCAAGGAGUUGCAGAGGACGCUUCAAGAAGGCUGCCGUGGCCUACACACGCAGCAAAGUUGCGGCCAAUCUGUUCGCUGUGAUUGUCUUGGUAGAUUUUCUCUGUACCUGCCUGGACGUUGAUGCUAGAGCUGCGGGAGAGAAGACGCCGGACCUUGUGCAAAUUACAUCAGACAUCUGCCUUUGGGCGUACAGCCUGGAAACCAUUUUGCUUCUCAUCGUGAAGGGGCCUAGAAUUUUCUUGGAUGUCAUGAUGAUGUUGGAUGCAUUUGUGCUCCUGUGCGGGUAUGUGGAAACGAUUAUGCAGUACUUGGGUCAUGGCGAGCUGUUGUCGACAGUUGCAAUAUUCCGAAUGCUGCGCCUGGUGAGAAUCCUGCGUGUGACGAGAGUGCUGCGGAGGACGGGAGGCUUUCGCGAACUACAGAAGCUCAUACGCAUGAUGUCAACCUGCAUAAGGACACUCUUCUGGUCUUUUGUAUUUUGUUUCAUUGUCAUGACGGUGUGGGCGCUCCUCAUCGUCGAGCUACUAAACCCGCUCAUGGACAUCAUCAACCAAGAGACGGGAAUUUUUGAUGACUGCCCGCAGUGCAUCAAGUCCACACAAUCCGUGAUGCGUGCAAAUGUGCUCUUGUUCAAGACGGUGAUCGCUGGUGAUGGGUGGGGAUUAAUCGCUGUGCCGUUUAUCGAAGCGUACCCUCUCUCUGCGAUCAUCUUCUGUGGCUCACUGCUGACGCUUGUGUUUUGCGUGAUGAACCUGAUUGUUGCAGUGGUCGUAGACACAUUUGCAGAAGCUCGCGAGCGCGAUGUCAUGAAUUUGGCAGAGGAGAUAGAGAACAACGUAACGGUCGACCGAGAGCGCUUGGAAAAGAUCUUCCAGCGCAUCGAUGCGGAUGGAAGUGGCAUGGUGACAUUCGACGAGCUCUUGGAGGGAGCUCGCAAGGAUCCCGAGUUUCAGAGCCGAUUGCGGGUCAUGGAUAUCGACGAGGCCGAUCUGGAGCAGCUGUUUGAGAUGAUCGACGUGAACGGUGAAGGAGAAAUUGCGGUGGCGGAGUUCAUCGCACCUUUGUCACGCUGGGUGACCGACUCAAAGACGGCGCCGCGCUUCAUCAAGUACAACAUGCUCCGCUCGCUCGCUCAGCAGGAGGAGCUGUACUCCCUCUCUCGAAGAUGUUUUGAGACCUUGGUCUGUCGGAUGGAGGAGCUCGUGACCUUUCUCCAUGGCGAAAACUCAGCAAGCUUGCUGCCAAGCCCGGACGCCCAGUUCGUCUCCAGCAGGACGAAGGAUGAGGUGGCUCAGCCAACCAUGGAGUUGGAGUUUGUGGUGGGCACCCAGGAGUUGCAACCCUUCUCGAGCUCCAAGGAUGCUGGGCUUGCGGAGGCAGAUGGCGAAGCCAUCGAGCAGCCGCACUCGUCGCAAAAGGCGUUCUUGCAACCAUCCCCCGACGAGGAGGAGGCGAUCAAAAAUGCCAUAGAGAGUCUGGAGAGACAUGUGCUUAAUGCCACGGAGCUCGCGCUGAAGGGAUCGGUGGCUCUGGUCGAGCAGGCACUGAGGGAUCGGCAAAGGCGCCACCGACGGAGUCCCAACCGCAUAGCAUCCGGUACUCCUAACCUCCAGCACCUGCUCGAAGAUCAUGUCUUCGAGAGACGCCAAGAAAAGAAGCACUCUCUCCAGCCCUUUCGCGACAUCGAGACUCCCGAAGCCUUUUCGCCUCAGAGACCACGGCUGCCAAUCGGGACCUUUGGAAAGCCAGGAUCGCCAAGUUCCCCACAACCUUACCCAAGGAGGAAUGGGAGCAAAGAAAUCGUGAAAAGCACAGAUACAAGCUCUUGGUACAGGGGAAGUCCGGCAGGGAGUCCAAACUACGUCCACAUCCGAACGGAUGAGAGGACUCAGAAAAGGCUAAGUCAGUCAAAGCGUCCACAAGAGCAUCCCCAAUAA